CUCAAAAUUGGGGCACCGGACUUUGGGGGGAAAUCACGCCCCGUGAAAUCCUCACCUUCCUCCGCAGGAUCCGGAGUCGUUCACCGACGGAGCGGAGGGCGCAGAGAUAAAGGGAGGAGAGCCGAGCUCCAUCCGACGCUUCGACUUACUACUGGUUGUUGCUUCGACCUCGAACCGACGCGGAUGUUUUUAGUGAACUCUUCUGCUGCGAACGAGAUGGGUGAUUUGAUUGUAGGAACAAGUGGUGCCGUGGAAUUUUGUUGACGGGGGGACGGUCUGUUUGCGAUUAGGUAACUGGGGUGGGAGGAAGAUUUAAUAGGAGAGAAUGGCGGAAACAAGCAACCGUGGUGAUGAUAUCGAUUUCAAGUGGGGCAAAAAGUUAGGUUUUGACAGAAAGAACAGAGAGGUCCAGUAUUACAAAUCGUUCCAUUUCGAGGGUGUGGAAUACAGUCUCUAUGACUGUGUUUAUCUAUUCAAGGAAAGUGAGCCUGAGCCCUACAUUGGGAAACUCAUAAGGAUAUGGCAAAACCCAGCUAAGUUGAGGAAAGUGAAGGUUCUGUGGUUUUUCCGUCCUGAUGAGAUCGUCAAUCACCUAGGAACUGUAAAGCCGCUGGAGAAUGAAUUAUUUUUGGCAUCCGGAGAAGGUGUAGGUCUUGCAAAUAUUAAUCCUCUGGAAGCAAUUGCUGGGAAAUGCCACGUCAUCUGCAUUUCAGAGGACACAAGAAACCCGCGACCUUCUAUUGAAGAGCUUCAAAUGGCUGACUUUGUAUUUUCUCGUACAUUUGAUGUCGUGCAAUGCAAAAUAAUGCAUCAGAUAGAUGAAAAAAUUGCUGGCAUUGAAGUUAAGUCCCUCUUUAAUAGAGACAGAAGUCUCAAUCGCAAUGGUGUUGAAAAGGUUGUCUCUCUCGACAAAGAGGAUGAAGACCUUGGCGAAAGUGAGUUGCCCAGUGAGGCAUUGGCCUCUGGGUCGGGUACACUUGAAGGAAAGAAGGAUGGUGAAGGAGAGGAACCAUCUCUGAAAGCCAAAACGAAUGGACAUACAUGUGGGGAACAUUUAUUGGUGUCUCCACGUGACAAAACUACCUCAACCGUAGUGCAAGUUGACGAUCUCGAGAGGCCGUUGAAGAAACGAAAAAUGGAUGCUUCGGAGAUAUUGUUGAGCGAUAAGUAUAAGAAUGAUAAAGGCAAGUCAAUUGAUGAAUUUGGUGUUAGGCGUCGGGCCUCAAUACGAAGUGGAAGUUCAUCCGAGAAUCAUUUGAAAAGUAAAUGCCUCGGUGAAUCUCCAAGAGGAGAGAGAGGCCUCAUUUUGAAGCCUGAGCAGAAAUUGAUGGAACUCUCUAGUCAAAAGUUGCUUGAAGUAUCCUCUCAUCUAUCUCCUCAAAAGGAUGACAAAAACAACCACAAAGCAUUGCGAGCUGCUCUACCAGUUGAUGUUGACAAGAACACAUGGUUCAAGCCGCCUCCUUUUGAAGAUAGAAUACAGACUGCACGGAAGCAAGGAACACUUGUUCUGCUUCAAAAUUUGGAUCCAAGUUAUGCCUCGACUGAAGUUGAGGAUAUAAUUUGGCAAGGCUUUAAGGAGAAAUGCUCAGCAAAGAUGCUUUUGCAGACUACAACUUCUAGCCCCCACUGUGGUCAAGCUUUUGUGAUAUUCAAAACAAGGGAAGCAGCAAAGAGAGCCAUAAAACAAUUGGAUACUGGAUGCUUGGUGCUACCUGACGGAAGGCCUCUUGUCGGCUGUAUCGAGACUCCUUGCUCUUCUGGAAAGCAGUCAAAAUUUAACGGCCAUCUAGUAAUUAGUAAUCCAAAGCAGCCACAGACUCGGGAGAUGAAAGAAGCUGUAUCUACUUCACAUUGUUCACAGCCCAACACCAUAGUAUAUGACAUGGCAAUGGAGUGGUGUUUGCUGCAACAAAGAUCAGAUUUUGUUUUGGACAAGUUAUAUACGCAACAUGGGGUGGAAUUGAGAAAACUCAAGGCUCGUUUGAAGUCCAAGUGAAAUACAGUGCCAUUCAGCAACUGAAUAGGCAAUUAGUGCUUCGAACAAAGCAAAGAGGAUGAGCAGAGGAGAUUUUUUGGCAUUUCUGCUCUUAAGGAUUUAGGCAGAUUUUGGUAAGAGGCAAAUGGCAAAAUGUAUGAGGCUGUCUGAUUGCCGAGAUGCUGGGGAAUUUGGCCAGUAACUUCUGUAUUUUUCCAAUGAUCUGGCAACACAAGCCGGUUCCGGGCUUUUAAAAAUUAAACCUUUUGCCUUUUCUCCUAUUA